AUGGGAAUUAUACGUUAUGAAGUUGAACCAGAGCAAUCAAUUGGUGUUCUUUCAUGUCCUUAUGUUUGGAUCUGGUUAAUUGCUCGUGCUAGCAAAGAUGAUAAUAUUCUUGCUAAUUGGGUUUUUGAUGUUUAUCAGAAUUAUCAUCAUUCAGACAGAAUACCUCUAAGUGCACAAUCAUGGCAGAAUUUUGAACGGUUUGCUUCGGACUUUCGAGUUCUAAAAUCCAAUAUAUUUGCAGAUCAGCAAUCUGUGUCAAUUAAUAAAAUUCAUUCAGGUGUGCAGUUUACUGAUCAUGUAACUUUAAUUCCAAAGCAUUUGGAGUUAAUUUGUUCAUCAAAACGAGUGGAUACUAAAUAUGGAUUUGUGAAGGAAGUGAAACAUGUGUAUGGUACUAUAGAUGUUACUAAAGGUUGUCAUCUUGUUUUGAAUGGAACUGGCGCACCUGCGGGUGAUUAUUUUUGUUGUAUACAAGAAUAUCCCUCAUAUAAUUGGAUAAAUGAGAUUUUUCAAACCAAAUUGUUGUCAGCAAAGAGCAAAAUUUCUCUUGAAGAUUAUAUGCAAGAAUAUAAUAAAGCAGCAGGGCCAGCAGAUAUCUUUCUAUUAAUCACAACUGGAAAUUGUGAUAUUAACUCUUUGCAAUUGCCUAGUCCACGUUGUGGUAUAGUACAUAAAGAAAAUUGGAAAAAAUAUUUUGGACCAUUUGCUGAUCGUGCAUUUUCAUAUGCUGCUCUGGAACCGCCUGAUUUGAAUUCUGCACCACGUUUUUGGCUUUCUGGAAUUGAUGGUAUUGGAAGUAAAUAUGCAGAUCGCAUUAUCAAAAAACGUCCUUAUUCCAGUCUAGAGGAUUGUCAUGACAAAACAGAAAUUCCUCUCAAGAUCCUUAAACGUUGUCGACUAAUUUCAUGA